GUGUAGCUACCGUUUGCAGUUUACAACAAGACACACCAGAGGAGGAGCUUUGCGUUGAGGUCACACUUGACGAUUACAACCACAAAGUUCAUUACAGGCAAAUGCUGCAGGAAGUCAGGGACACGAUAAUUGUUUGUGAACGAGUGAAAAAAUGUUAGGGCAGUCAGUGGUUUUGUGUCUGGUGUGUGGGGCGGUCACCUGGGCCCAGGACCUGAACAUGAGCAGAGCUCUGCAGUUGAUGUCUGAGACGCCGCUCAUCGACGGCCACAACGACCUGCCCUGGCAACUUCGACAACAGUUCGACAACCAGCUGAACAAAGUGGACCUGAACACUCUGGGAACAACACACACCAACAUCCCAAAGAUUCAGAAGGGGCGUCUGGGAGCGCAGUUCUGGUCGGCCUAUGUGCCGUGUGCCACUCAGUACAAAGAUGCCGUCAGACAGACCCUGGAGCAGAUUGACGUGAUCCACAGGAUGUGUCACAAAUACCCCGACUAUUUCAUGUUCGCCAGCAGCAGCCAAGACAUCAUGGAGGCGUUCGGUCGCAACAAGACGGCCAGUCUGAUCGGGGUGGAGGGAGGUCACUCCAUUGACAGCAGUCUGAGCACACUGCGGACCUUCUACCAGUUGGGGGUGCGCUACCUCACCCUCACACACUCCUGCAACACGCCCUGGGCAGAUAACUGGCUUGUGGACACUGGAGCAGAAGCCUCUCAACACGAUGGAUUAUCUCCAUUUGGCAAGCAAGUGAUCGCGGAAAUGAACCGUGUGGGAAUGCUGAUAGAUCUGUCUCACGUGAGCGUGAAAGUGAUGAAUCAGGUGUUGGACAUGUCCGAGGCACCCGUCAUCUUCAGCCACUCCUCCGCCUUCGCCGUCUGCCCACACAAGAGGAACGUUCCGGAUGAUGUUCUCAGAAGAGUGAACGAAACAGGAGGAAUUGUAAUGGUUAACUUUUACAACGACUAUGUGACUUGUAGUCAGACUGCUACACUCUCUGAUGUUGCAGAUCACUUUGACCAUAUAAGGAAAGUGGCAGGAGCUGGCAUCAUCGGCUUCGGCGGCGACUAUGAUGGCGUUACAAGACUUCCAGAGGGUCUUGAGGACGUGUCCAAGGUCCCCAGUCUGGUAGCGGAGCUGCUGAGAAGAGGAUGGUCUGAUGACCAAGUCAAAGCUGCUCUGGGAAACAACUUGCUGCGUGUCCUCAAACAAGCCGAACAGGUCCGUGACCGUCUGAGCGGCAACAAACCCGAUGAUGUUCCCAUCCCAGACAAGGAGGUGCAGAACCCGUGUCGCACCAGAGAUGGUUCCAAAAACAGCGGAAGUGUUGCUUCGCUAAGUACGAUGUCUCUUCUGUCAGCGCUGACUUUGCAGGCUUGCAUCAUUUUCACUGCUUCUUAGGGUUGUCGGUCACAGUCACCAGCACACAUUGCAACCGAUCGAUUUGUUCGCUUGUUUUAAGUGUGAUUUAUGUUUAUUAUGCCAUGUGUGCCCAUUAUUUCCUUUCAUUUUUAAGAGACGCGAAACAAAAAAAAACAAGAUGAUAUUGUCGUGUAAAGUUGAAGCGAUGAAUACAGAGAAUUACAACAAUAUGUGCGAGGAUGUCAUUUUUAAAGUUUGUUCUGCCCUCACAUAUACGUGUUGAGGUUACACACACAGGCAGACAGCUAACAAACAAUCCAGGACCUUCUAAUAAAGUUCCAAAGCAGAUGAA